AUGGAUCUUCAAAAGCCGAAAAAAUCACGGCCGGAGGCUCGCAAUGACCAAGAGGAAAGCCCCAAAUAUCGUGUGAAUGGGUACAAAUCAUCGAUGGGUGCUAUCGAUCAUGACGGCAAUGAUCCUCGUCAAGAUCCUGAGCGUGAGACGACUACUGUCAAGCUCGACGCCAACAGGAAUAUACCAAAGCCCUCAAAAUUGCAACCACAUGCGCCAACUCCGAGACUCAUAACACUCCCAGUCAGACGCCGAAUCCCCCAACGAGUAAUGGCUGCACGCAUUCCGAAAGGUAUUGUGUUGGACUCUCGUCAGAGCAACAGACUACGCUACGCCGAUAUGAUGCCGCCGGUCACCAAAGAAACGCUCAGCGAACUCGACCUAGAACGCAUUGUGCAGAACAUUCACCUUCGAAUGGAUGCCAAUUUUGAACCCGAAUUACAUUUUCUGCCUGACCUUGAUGGCGAGAAGGGGAGACAGAAACGGAUAAUGGCUGACGACUACUGGGAGGCCUUGUCGAUAGAGAUUAUGAUAUACACAUACGCCAACAUGAACCGAUCUGAUGCCGGUGAAAUCGAAAUGGUCCAUGUGCCUGAUAUAGUUACGGUGGUGAAAGACGACAAUCUUUUUCGGCCGCGACUACCUGUCAUGUUUGAAACUUUGCAUGGAAUUCUCAUGACGCUCGUACCCGACCGAGAUCACGCCAGCGUUUCCCAAAAUUUAGAUGUUUCGCUCUUAAUGCAGCAGGUACACAAGGGUGUUCUUGACCUUGUUAGUCUCUCGAACUGGUUGGCGAAUCUUUUAAAGACGCAUUGUGCUCCCAUGAGAGAUCAACUCGUCGAUGAAAUGGCAGCCGAAAUUGGAUCGGGAUCUACCCACGCGGAUGCAGCUAAAGUGAUCAGUGGGCUGCGCAAACUGUUUACCAUUCUAGAAUUGAUGAAGCUGGACGUUGCAAACCAUCAAUUAGGCUCAUUUCGUAUUGUUUUGAUCGAGGGCACAAUUCCUUUCCUUCAGGAUUAUUUCUCUCGGCGUAUUAACUCGGACAAGUUGAAGAUUGAGAAAGUGAAGUCGUGGUACCAGGCAGUUCGACAAAGAAUGUCCCAACCGACAAAGGAAUGUGCGAAUCGAUCAUUUUUCCCAUUAUCAGUUCUACUUCAUGGAUUAUGCGAGCUUCUUCUGUGUUCCGACCCAGACGAGCAUGUGAAGUUUCCAGAAACUUUCACGUUCGAUUUACGCCGCCUAUGGCAGCUUCGGUCACAAGUCCAGAACAUUAUCGAUGUUUACGUUUGCUGGUCCAUCCUCGGGUCAUUGAUUGAAGGGAUCUGUCCAAAAUACUCAUAUAGUCCCAACAUGCAUUCAUCCUUCGUUAUGCGAAUAUCAGCCCUUAUGGAAGAGGACGGUGAAAAUCCACAAACGAAGACGUCUGAUUUGGGUACUCGUCUGCCAAACGAUUCUUGCAUUGCGAUGGAAAUAGCUCGAACGAUAUGCGUCGCAAUUGGCCAAGCCGAUGAGGUUUCGGACGAUAUUCUAGAACAAGUUGAAGAGUUGAUGAAGAAAUCAUUCACCAAUCAUAGUUCGGUUCAGUUGCAGCUUGUCCGCGACUGCGUGCACCAACAGUUGCUGCAGGCUACGUGUGAGAUUGCGCAGAGAUAUCUCACCAUGUCACCGCUUGAAAUAUGCGAGUCGCAACGAAGACAGGCGUAUCUUCAGUCUCCGACCUCGGAUUUCGGUUUUAUUGCGACCAAGCUCGCUCAUAUUGGAGUUUUGCAUUGGCGGGUAUGGGCGCCAUUGGUUUAUACCAAUGAGCCCAGCGCCUAG